UUUGUUUCGAUAGUUUAUAAAAUAUAUGAAAAUAUUAAUAUAUUUGCGCUAAAUAAAUAAAAAUGAUUAGAGAAGAUAAAAUUUUAAAAGUAACAAAAAAUGGGACGAAUGCUAAAUUUUUGUUUGCCAAUGAAUGGAACAUUUGGAUAAAACAUUUGAAUUGGUCAUUUGUAAUUUUCCAUGUGAUUAUUCACAUUGUUGCAAUUAAUGGAAUUUUUACAUUUCCAUAUUUAACUCAUAAAUUAACAGCAUUAUGGAUACUUAUAAACUAUUUCCUGACUGGUUUUGGAAUAAGUGGUGGAGCUCAUCGUUAUUGGUCGCAUCGAUCUUACAAAGCUAAAUUUAUUACCUCUAAGAAUAUUUUUAGCUACUUGUUACUAUGGCAAUGGCAUGUGCACAGAAUGCAUCAUAAAUAUUCCGAUACUGAUGCCGAUCCUCACAACAUAAAUCGUGGUUUUUGGUUUGCACACAUUGGUUGGUUUCUGUUACCGAAGCAUCCGGAAUUUAUGAAAAAAUUAAAUGAAAUUGAUAUGUCUGACAUUAAUGCCGAUUCAGUAGUCACUUUUUGGAGAUAAGAAUACAUCAUAAGGUACAGAUGCUGACCCAGAAAUUUCUCCGUAUAUUUAUCAUUAAUACAAUAAAAACAAUAUAAUUAAGCUUCAGUGCUCUUAUUUUAAUAGCAAAUUGAAAGAAAAUUAUAGACAGCAGGGAAAAAUUGAUAAUUAUGGUCAUAUUAAUUUUUUGAAGGCAUUUUCUGAUUUUAACAAUUCUCCUGACUUUUUUAAUACCAACACUUGUACCAAUAUAUUUAUGGAAUGAAAGUUGGUAUUGGGCUAUUGUACUUUUCUAUAAAUUAUAGCAAAAUUCACUAAAAGUAAAAUAUUGUAAAAAUUUCUAAAAUUUACCAAAAUUGUAAGGGAAAAUUUGCUCCAAAAAUAGUAAAAGUUGACAAAAAAUCCAGAAAUUUAUGUUUAAUUUUAUAAAUGUAUCAAAAAACAUAUUUCUUUCGUGUAGGUUCUAUUAUUCUAAUAAAAAUUACAAAUCAUUUUUGAUAGAAAAAAAUAUUUAUUAUCAACAGAUCAAUAAGAGCUGUUAACAAUAAAUUCAUUGAAAUAUUGGCAACUGGAGAAGGUUUGCAUAAUUUUCAUCACGUUUUUCCAUAGGACUAUCGUACUGGAGAAAUUUCAAAAAUUGACUUCAAUUUCACAUUGUAUGUAAUAAAUCAAUUUAAAAAAAUUGGAUGGGCCUAUGAUUGUAAAGUAGCAAGUAAGGAACUUAUUUUAAAAGUAGCCGAAACAAGAGGCGACAAAAGUUAUAUAUAUUAAUUGUGAGUUGGAGUAAUUAAGUAAUUUACUUAAUUGUAUAAGUAAUUCAGUUGCUGGACAUGUAGCAAUGGCUGGAUAUCAACAUAUAAUAAUUUAUAGAAAGUUACUGUAUUUUUUUUAUUUUUCAUACAUUAUUGUAAACACAAAUCUACAG